GAGAAGGCUAGAGGAGAGCUGCGAGAAGUGAGGGCGGCGGGGAGACAGAGACAUCAGGACAGCAAGUAAACUGAGUCCACACGGCUAGAAGAGAAGCAAGGCAUCAUGGCGUCCGCGUCCACUCAUGGAAACCAAGACAAACCUCAUUUGCCACCACUAAGCAAGCAGAGCCUGUUGUUUUGUCCAAAAUCAAAACUGCACAUCCACAGAGCAGAGAUUUCAAAGAUUAUCAAAGAAUGUCAAGAAGAAAGUUUCUGGAAGAGAGCUCUGCCUUUUUCUCUUGUAAGCAUGCUCGUUACCCAGGGACUGGUCUACCAAGGUUAUUUAGCAGCUAACCCAAGAUUUGGAUCAUUGCCUAAAGUUGCACUUGCUGGUAUCCUGGGAUAUGGCCUUGGAAAGGCAUCAUACAUAGGAGCAUGCCAGAGUAAAUUUCAUUCCUUUGACGAUCAGCUUCGUGGGGCUGGUUUCGGUCCAGGGCAUAACAGGCACUGCCUGCUUACGUGUGAGGAGUGCAAAAUUAAGCACGGAUUGAGUGAGGAGCGAAGUUCACAGCCUUCGGCUUCCUAGACUCUGUGCCUGUGGCUUUUGAAGAUUCUUAAACCUCUGGAUUUGUACACAUGUAACAUUUCAAGUGGAACAGAAACAUUGUGAUUCUCUCGAUGGAAAUGCUUUCUGUGGAAGAGUCUCCAUUGAAUUGAGCAUUGUAUGUUUUUCUAUGUCAGGACACGGUGGGAGGGUUCACACACCAAAAGAAAUUAUGCUGUAUUCUAACUUGCUUCCAAUAAAGUAAAAGAAUUUAAAGCCCUC